AUGAACCUUCAACCGCAACAACAAGGGCAACCCAACUCUGAAAGCUAUGAUUUCUUCAGAGAAAGUUCGAGUAUUACUUUAACACAGAGGCUACAACAAUUAGAUGAAGUUGAUCGAAAGGUGGGAGAAAUAAUGGAUUUCACAAGGGAAUUAAUCAACAACCUUGACAAGGACAAGCAGAUCUCCAGGUCAAAAAUGGAUGAAAAUGCGAAAAGGUACUCGAAGAUCCUAGAAGAAGAUAUUAUGAAGGUGAUCACAGAUCAGCUGACCUAUAUGGAACAGUUGUGUGUGGGCGCGGAACAUCAAGACAGCAUGUUCCGAGUUCAGAAUAAGAAGAGAACAACCAAUCAGAUCCUCCAACGGAUGCGAUACGAAUUGGGAGUUUUCCAACAGAUGGAUAAAGAGAGCGAAGCCGUGACACCAGCAAGUGAUGGGACUGACGAUGACUUUGUUCGAGUCGAGGGUCCAGAUCCAGAGGAUGUUCAAGUUCUCAGCACUGAAAGCGAUGACUGA